UAAAUUAAAGUAAUAUUCCAGUUUAAAUUUAACAUUUUGUUUAAAAUUUAAUACUUUCUGUAAAUUUUAAUGAUUUUGUGUAAAAUUCGAAAAAUUUAAUGUUGUAUGAAAUUGUGUAAAAGAGUUGAUGUUGUUGUUUUUGUUGAUAAUUAACACAUUUUGUAAAAUCAUAUACACAUUUGAUGUAAACGACGUUUCCAACAAAUUAUACAGGGAAAUUAGUAAAAACUUCACAAUUCAACAUAAAUCGCAGACUGACAAACAAUUUCAGUUAAAUCCUAAAUAUGUUAAGAGAGUAGAGUUGGUAUUACGUGAGAAAUAUGGCGGGAAAGAAGUUAACUACUUUCGACAAAUGCUAAAUGAUUACUAUCAGAAGGAUAAAGAGGAUGUAAAGAUAUUUGAUGACUCAUUACAAAAUCAUAUAACUAAUAAUUUUAAUGAAGAUUAUGUUAAUGAUUAUAGUAAACUUGAUGAUCAUCAGGAGUCUGGAAAUGAGUUGGAAACAGCACGUGUAAUAAUAAGGCUGAUAAAAAGAGAAUUUGAGAAGUUUGAGAAUGUGAAAAAUGAGUGUAUAGUUCCGAAUUUGGGAAGGUUUUCUCAGAUUCGGAGUCUUGCUAGGGAUUUACCUGUUCCCUCAGGUACUGACACACCUUGUAGAACUCAAGCAUCCUGUGAUAAGCUUGCAAUGCUAAUGAACCUCUGCUCCUAUAUCAGGACAGGAGUUGGCUUCGCUUAUGACAUUUACGCUACAAUGAUUCACGUCCUAGGGAACAUGUUAUCUGUUCUUUGUGGUUGUAUUUUUGUCGGACCAGCACAUGUCUGUCUACUAAAGAAUUUUCCGUACACUUGUAGGAUACCGUAUCCUGCUUUUAGUCAGUUGUUUCAAGCGACAUAUGGUAUUUGGGAACUGGUUAAGAUAACAACUAAUUUAUGUCGUAUUUACGGAGAUAUCGGAUUUAGCUCAAUCUUCUCCUAAUCUUUUCUAAAUACUAUAAUUGAUAUUAUACAA